AUGAAGAUGAAUUUUACGUACAUAACUCCAGUUCCGUUGAGCACGGCAUUGAUAGAUAUAUCACUGAGCAAGACACAAAGGAAGACCCCAACGAUUGUACAUCCGCAGUACAACAUCAUAAAGAUACGUGCGUUUUACAUGAGGAAGGUGAAGCAUGCAAGUAAUGAGUUUGCAUCGAGGCUUGGAACGAUUCUGAGCGACUUUCCAAGACUUGAGGACGUGCAUCCGUUUUAUGGAGAUCUGAUAAAUGUGUUGUAUGACAGGGAUCACUACAAGCUGGCUCUUGGGCAUGUGAAUGUCACUAAGAGUGGAAUUGAGAAAGUAAGCAAGGAGUUUGUGAAGCUGUUGAAGUUUGCAGAUAGUUUGUACAGAUGCAAGCAGUUGAAGAGGGCAGCUCUUGGAAAGAUGGCAUCGUCAGCAAAAAAGCUUGGAAAGACACUAGAAUAUCUGGAAGAGGUUAGGAUGCAUAUGAGCAGGCUUCCAGCAAUAGAUUUAAGCGGAAGAAGUCUACUUGUAUGUGGGUUUCCGAAUGUUGGCAAGAGUUCAUUCGUGAACAAGGUGUCAAGAGCAGAUGUAGAAGUACAGGCGUAUCCGUUUACAACGAAGAGUCUGUUUGUUGGGCACUUUGAUUACAAGUAUCUGCAGUGGCAAGUGAUUGACACACCAGGGAUUCUUGACCAUGCACUUGAAAACAGGAAUACUAUUGAGAUGAUGAGUAUCACAGCGCUUGCACACAUUAAGGCACUUGUGCUGUACUUUAUUGACUUGAGCGAGAAGUGUGGACAUAGCAUUGAGGAGCAGAUUGGACUGUUUGAGACAUUAAGUCCUCUAUUGAGAUCGAAUAUGAUGAUAGUCUUAAGCAAAAGUGAUGUUAUGAAGCUAUCAGAUGUGAAUGACAAGAGUUUGAUAAUGAAGUUUCUUGAGGGAAAGAAUUAUAUGGAGAUGAGUAGCGAAAUGGAAGAGAAUGUAGAGGCGGUGAAAGCAAUGGCGUGUGAUCUUUUGCUUGAUGACAGAGUUGAGAAGAAGAUGGAGAAUGACAACAUCGCUGAAUAUAUCCAUAGGAUUGCGAUUGUGAAGCCAAAGAGGCUAAGAGAGAAGGAGGAAUCAUUUAUGUGCUCAAGGGAGAUUACUGAGAUGAUGAAUGAGCAAGAAGGAUACUUUGUAAAGGAUGAGUAUAAGUAUGAUAUAGUUCCUGAGAUAUUUGAUGGGAAGAAUGUUGUUGACUUUUUUGAUGAUGACAUUGAAAGGAAGCUCAGUGAGCUUGAAGCUGAUGAGGAGGCAAGGUUUCCGAUGUAUUGCAAGACGUAUGAUAUCUUAUCGACAGAUGAUAGGGAAGCAAAGGAACAGAUUGUUAUUAAGAUCGAUGAGAGGCAGCUUGUGGGUAGGAUAAACGAAAAGAGAAAGCUACCUACAAAAUGGAAGCUUAGGUCAAGAAACAGUGGGAGAGAUAUUGUUGCAGCGCCAAGACGGGACAGCAUGGCAAUACAGCUUUCACAGCCUUCUAAGCCUUCACCCAAGAAAACCAGGUUUGACACAAAAGGAUAUUACGAUCGUAAGCCAAAGCAUGCAUAUACUGGGAAAAAUCAUAGAUGA